UGUGCAACAAACUGAUGAUUCAAUACUUAUUUCACUUGAAGAGGAUCGCAUAAAACGUGACGUUGCUAACAUCAACUUGGAUCAUUCAUACUGUGCAAAAGAAACAAUCACAUCGAACGAAUUCGAUAAUGGCGAUGGUCUUGACCUGCCGGAAGUGAAGUUGGAACCCGAUGACGACCUUUCAUCCGAGGCUGUUAAAGAAGGGGAUCCACUUAUACAGCCGACAACUUCCGAAACACAUAAGGAUAUUAAAAUGAACAGCAUUGAGGAAACCAAUCAGUGUCCAAAUUCUCCUGAUCCGAGCACCGUUGAAGUACCGCCCGAAGCCGAUGCACAGUUAUUGCCAAAGCCGAAGAAACGUGCUCACACCGAUAAACCGCCUUUUGUGUGCAAAACCUGCAACAAAGAGUUCAAAACGCGGGAUAAAUUUAACCAACAUGCAAAAACUCACAACAAGGACGAGCAACAUCAAUGCCCUCAAUGUUCCGUAAGUUUUGUGGCUCGUCAGCGUUUACUUAUCCACUUUCGCUAUCACACCGGUGAAAGACCCUUCAAGUGCCAAGUCUGCCUCAAAGCGUUUGUUUCGCAAGGAAUCUUAAAUAGUCACAGCAAAAUUCAUAACGAGGAUGCCCAAUACAAAUGUCCUCACUGUCCUGCGAAGUUCGCAAGUAAAUCGAGAGUACCGAUCCACAUCCGCACUCAUCAUACCGGUGAAAAGCCGUUUGUUUGUCAAAUCUGCAACAAGGCGUACGCUGCCUCAUUCCAGCUAACUACUCAUAUGCACAUCCAUAGCGAAAACAAGCGGUUUCUUUGUCAUUGUUGUUCCGCAAAAUUUAACUAUGCGUCAAGUCUGGAAGGUCACCUACGUAGUGCCCACCCGGGUGAAGUGCCCAGCAAGAGUUUUGAAUGCGAAGUUUGCAACAAAUCUUUCAAAUCAUCCGGAAGCUUGCUCUUACAUAGAAAAAUUCAUACCAAUGAUAGACGGUAUCAUUGUCACCACUGUCCCGCUAAGUUCUACAACUCAUCCUCCCUCAAAAUACACAUACGCUGUCACACCGGUGAACGACCGUUUGCGUGUAAAAUUUGCGGCAAAGCGUUCUAUACGCCUGCCCAUCUGAGAGCGCAUGCUAAAACGCACGACAAGGAGGAACAGCAUCAAUGUAAAUACUGUUUUACUAGGUUCGCUGAGUCGACCCAGCUCCAGAUUCACAUUCUUACGCACACCGGUGAAAAACCUUUCCUUUGCAAAAUAUGUUCUGCCAAAUUCUGCCAUGCGAAAGCGCUCAAAAACCACUUCUGUCGAGCCCACGGCGCCCAAGAAUUACCCAGGAAAACUGCAGAAUGCAACAUAUGCCACAAAGUUUUGAGUGCACACAGCAUAGCCAGGCAUAGGAAAUCUCACCAACCUCUCAAAACGACCAAGCAUUUAGAGUGCAACAUAUGCCACAAAGUCUUAGGUGCACUAAGUAGCCUUCACAGACACAAAAAGACUCACCAGCCCAAAUUAGAGGAGGACAAAAAGUAUCCGUGUACUCAAUGUCCCGCUAAGUUCUACGAAUCAGGUGCUCUUCAAAGGCACAUGCGCCAUCACACCGGAGAACGACCUUAUGUGUGUAAAGUUUGCGGCAAAGCGUUCCAUACAUCAACGAAUCUGAAAACGCAUGGUAAAACCCACAGCAAGGACCAACGGCAUCAAUGAAGCUACUGUCCUGCUAGCUUCGCUCAGUCCGAGCUGCUGGAGGCGCACAUGGUAAGUCACACUGGCGACACGUCUUCAGUUUAAUAGGCUUCUAGGCAAUCCUCGGCAAUGUCCAAUAAUCCUAAUAAAUUACUUUCAAAUCAAUGGAAAUUUUAACGUUGGAAUAAUCAACGUAUCCUGAAGUUGCUAGGGUAUCCUGUCCCUGUGGUAUCGAGUAUAACAAUAGGCAAGAAUCGUGACAUAAAAAAAUACUAUAGACUAACUCUCUUAAUCCGAUUCGGCAAACGAUCAACGAAAAUAGUAUACAUAAUUCUAGCUCCAGACUUACUUGGAGCUAUACUCUCCAUGGCUCUCCUCUUCCAAGGGUGUCUACGAUCAAGGAUCUCGGUGUCCUCGAUCGAUCGACUCGAUGACUCCCUCUCCUUUUCCCCUCAGGUGGAUGCAGUCAUGGCAAAAGCCAACAAAGCCCUCAGCUUUGUGACUCGCAUGGCAUCUGAGAUCCGCGAUCCCUGGUGUCUCAGGGCUCUUUUCUGUUGUUGGGUCCGACCCAUCCUUGAGUAUGCUUGUGUGGUGUGGUCCCCCGCCGGCAGCACUGCCAUGAGCCGCCUUGAGGGGGUCCAGAGGAGGUUCACGAGGUGCGCCAUCUGUCGCUUUGUUGGUGCUGCCUCCCCUAUCUUCGCCUUCCCAGAGUUGAGGAUCGCCUCACGAUGGCCAAGGCUCUAUUUGUUGCCAAUCUCCUUCUCCAAAACAUUGACGCUCCUAAUCUCCUCGCCUCUUUCCCUUUCUAUGCACCAUCCCGACAUCUGCGGGAUAGGCCGCUGUUCCUGAUUCCCCCUCGCCGAUCUCGCCACGGUCAGAACGAUCCAUUCUUGCGUGCCCUUUCGGCCUUCAACGAAGCGAGUAGCCUGUUCGACUUUAAUGCCUCCCUUUCACUCUUCCGUUCCCGUCUCCUUAACACCUUUUUAUAAUCCCCUCCCUCCUCUUCUCCUCAUUUUCCACACACCUUUCCUCUUAAGUCUGUAAGUAUUUCUCUUUCCUCUUUUUUUUUGUCUCUCCUUUGAGCAAUUGUUAAGCCUGAACGGCGAACAUUUUGUAAUAAUAAAUAAAUAAUAAUAAUAAUAAUUUUUAAAACAUAAGAAAAGGAUAAAUUGUUUGAGUAUAACGACUGGAAUACUGCUAAAAUAAACUCACGGCAUCCU